UCGAUUUUUGACGUUUGACGGUGAUUUUGCGUGUUUGACAAGUAGUGGUUGCAGCUUAAAGUUUUUAAUUAAAAUACGAAUUAUCACAAAUGAGUUACUUAAAAUUGGUCAUAUUUUCGUCUAAGUUAUAAGCUGAAGUGAGUGCCAGUCAAUUAUUGUGUGAUAGUAAGCCUUAAGGAUCGAAGUUAUCAAGGUAGUAAAAAGAUGCGGUGGCGAGGUGUAGUCUUCGUGGUUUUACAAUUAUUUAUUUUCGGGGGUUGCAAAGUUAAAAAAUCAAAGUCUGUGACAACUCUACUUGAAGCCAAAUGGGAAACAACUCCCUUAGUACUAGAAGUUGUGGAAUAUUUGAGGGAUGAAAGUAGCGACUUUUUCUGGAGUUUUGUCAACUCUAUCUCUAGCCUAAACCCUCCAUUAGCCACUUUAGAAAAUGAUAGAGUAAAGUAUAACAUAAUGAUGGACCAUGCUUCUAAAUUAGUUACCACGUCAGAACUGUCAGUAUUAAAACUGGGGCUUUCUUUACACAUUUAUUCACCUAAAGUACAAAUGUUUCGACAAAUUGCCACAGAGAGGGAAUUGCCAAGCUGUGCUGCUGCCGUGGAUAUUGGGGGUAUAAUCACAUGUGAUUCUAGCAAAGUCCAGUCGUUGAUUGCAAAUUAUAAUGAGCAAAAGAAAGUCGAUAUUUUUAAUGUCGACACGCAUUAUCCAGGCUCUGAAAACCGAUCAAAAGUAGCUAUUUUAUACGCAGAGCUUGGCACAAAAGAAUUCGCAGAUUUCCACAAUGUUUUGAAACAGGAAGCCGAAGAAGGAAACAUUGAUUAUGUUGUCAGACACUACGUCCAGACACCGGCUGAUAAAAAAUUGAGAUUGUCAGGUUUCGGAGUUGAAUUACAGAUGAAAUCAACCGAAUAUAAAGUGCAAGAUGAUGCUGAGCUUCACGACGAUCCGUCUUCUGAAGAAUCGUCACAAGAAGAGGAGGAAAUCGAAAUUGAGGGAUUUAAUUUUAAGAAACUGAAGACGUUGUUCCCUGAUCAUAAAAAAGACUUAGAUAAGUUGCGCCAGCACCUUGAGGAGUCUUCCAAUGAGAUGGCGCCUCUUAAAGUGUGGCAGUUUCAGGAGCUGAGUCUCCAAGCUGCCGAGCGUAUUAUGAGUGCCCCCAAGGACGAGGCAUUGAAAGUGUUCACAAACAUUGCUCAGAAUUUCCCAAUGCAAGCCAAAGGUUUGGUAAAAACCGUCGUAAAUCCCGAAUUGAAAAAAGAAAUGAAGCUGAACUCGGACAUUUUCGCUUCAACUCUAAACUUGCAACCUUCCGACACUGCACUUUUCAUCAAUGGAAUGUUUUACGACGUUGAUUUGGUCGAUAUUUAUGGUAUUCUUGAUGUUUUGCGACAAGAAUUGCGCACCAUGGAAGGGCUACAAAAAAUCGGUGUUGGAAACAAACGUUUGUCGUCCCUUUUAGCGCUCGAUUUUAGCGAUGGGAGUAGUGGUCAGGAGUUUGCGAUUGAUAUAAGAGACAGUGCUGUUAAUUGGAUCAACGAUAUUGAAACCGAAGCGAAAUACAGUAGAUGGUCGUCGAGUGUUAUGGAUUUGUUGAGGCCGACGUUUCCAGGGAUGAUUCGACAAGUUAGGAAGAAUUUGUUUAAUUUGAUUUUGAUUAUUGAUCCGACUGAACCAAAAUCGAGGGAUCUGGUUAAACUUUUAGAGUCGUUUGUGGUUCAUACGGCGCCGUUACGAGUCGGAAUUGUUUUUGCAGUUGAUGCCUCAACGAAGCUGACGGGACUUCAGGAUGCGGGAGUUGCAAUGCAGUGUGCGUUUAAUUACGUGGUGCAGAAGAAAAGUCCAUUGGCGGCCCUAAGCUUUGUUAAAACGGUGUUAGGCUCAGCGUCUGAAGAAGUCAAAGUCGACGACGUAAAAAAGGAAUUAAAAGCGCAAUUCGGUGACGAUUACCUCGACAUUCUUGGUGAAGAUUCCGACUAUGACUUCGGUCGCCAAUUAUCCAUCGAUUUCAUCCAAAGAACGGGUCAAAGAGUCCUUCCUCAAGCCCUCCUCAACGGAAUACCUCUCCCUAGCAGCAGCUUAAACAUUGACGAUUUCGAAGAAGCCGUCCUUCAGGAAGUCAUGUCGCAAACCUCACUAUUGCAGAAAGCAGUAUAUCGGGGAAAAUUAUCAGACACUGACGAUGUUGUUGAAUAUUUAAUGACCCAACCUAACGUAAUGCCUCGUCUAAACGAACGAAUUCUCAACAAGGACCAAUCUUUAUACUUGGAUAUGACUGGAACGGCAACCACUAGCAUGAAUGUUGAAGAUUUAGCCAAAUUAUCACCGAGGGACAUGACGGCUACUGCCAUCGAUAAUUUCAAGUAUUUCUUUUCGCCGAAAAAGGGCAAACAAGAACACACGAUGACCUAUUGGGUUGUUGGAGAUUUGAAAUAUUUGGAGGCGCGACAGCUGUUGUUGGCAGCACUAGAACAUGCGAAAUCGGAAAAUCAUGUCCGAGUCACUUUUAUUCCAAACGUUGAUAGUUCGAUGAAAAACAUGAUUUCGAAGCUCGUCUUGACCGCUUUGAGUGAAUUAUCACCGGAGAAAGCACUCGAUUAUGUUCUAACACUUUUACGCGAUGAUAAGGCCGCUGAGGAGUUGGAACAUGGAGGGCACAUAAAAUUCCCGCCCGAACUUUCGGGUCAAGUCAACAACCACGAGCUCAAUUUGAAAAUGUUGAGGGUUUACAGCAGACGUGUUUUGAAUUUAAACGCGGGCGAGAGGGCUCUAGUCGCCAACGGGCGGCUUUUGGGGCCCUUUGAAGUCGAUGAAAGUUUCACAGUUCAGGAUUUUGGCUUAUUGGAACGGUUCAGUUCUGCCACCUAUUUGGAAAAAAUCCAAAAAGCGAUUGAAAAGUCGGCGGAUGAGGAAGAGGAACUUUCAAGCAAUUCGCUACUUAAAGUCAUUUCGCUGUUGGUGUCAAGGCCUCAGUCUCGCACCCGAUUCGAGAUUCAGUUCACUGGUGAUGAACAUUCAGUACUAAAAAUCCCAGCGUCUCAGUCUGAUAAAGUCGCUUUUGACAUCGUGGCUGUUGUGGACCCGGUGUCACGCGGGGCCCAGAAGUUGGGCCCCAUUUUGCAGGUGCUCCAAGAGGUGCUCAAUGUGAAUAUUCGCGUGUUUUUGAAUAGUGUGGAGAAAAACAGCGAUAUGCCGGUUAAAAGUUUUUAUCGAUUUGUUUUGGAACCUGAGAUCCAAUUUACGGAAGAUGGCAAACAAACUGCCGGUCCCAUCGCUCGGUUUAAUAACAUGCCAACUUCGCCACUGCUCACCCAGAAUUAUCACGUGCCUGAAAAUUGGCUGGUGGAGGUUGUGCGGUCGGUUUACGAUCUUGAUAAUAUCAGGCUUGAGGAUGUUGAUAGCAACGUUCACAGCGAAUACGAGUUGGAGUAUUUGUUACUUGAGGGCCACUGCUUUGAAGCAACCACUGGGAGUCCCCCAAGAGGCCUUCAGAUAACUCUCGGGACGGAACGUCAACCUGUCAUUGUUGACACGAUAGUUAUGGCAAAUUUGGGCUAUUUCCAGUUGAAGGCCAAUCCAGGUGCUUGGAUUUUGAGGCUGCGUCAAGGCAGGAGCGCCGAAAUUUACGAUAUUGUCAGUCAUGACGGAAGUGAUACUCCUGCAAAUUCUUCCGAUAUUAAAGUACUUAUAAGCACUCUGAGAUCACAUAUUGUUAAAUUGCGAGUGCAGAAAAAACCUGAUAAGUUCAACAUGGAUUUGUUAUCCGAAGAUGAGCCGAAUUCGGGUAUUUGGAAUUCCAUUACAAGUCUAUAUUCGCAUGCGAUCAGAACUGUUACAAGUUCGUUCUCGAAAAACGAAGAAGAACCUGACGACAAACUUAACAUAUUCUCGGUUGCUUCCGGUCACCUUUACGAGCGAUUUUUACGAAUUAUGAUGUUGUCAGUACUGAAGCACACCAAGACCCCUGUGAAAUUCUGGUUCUUGAAAAAUUAUCUCUCCCCACAGAUCAAAGACUUCCUUCCAUAUAUGGCCAAAGAGUACGGUUUUGAAUACGAAUUAGUCCAGUAUAAAUGGCCCAGAUGGCUCCACCAACAAACCGAAAAGCAGAGAAUCAUCUGGGGUUACAAAAUCCUAUUUCUAGACGUGCUUUUUCCCCUCGAUGUUAAAAAAAUAAUUUUUGUCGACGCCGAUCAAGUGGUUAGAGCUGACUUGAAAGAACUGCAAGAGCUAGACUUGGGUGGAGCACCAUAUGGUUACACGCCGUUCUGUGAUUCGCGGAAAGAAAUGGACGGUUUUCGAUUUUGGAAACUCGGUUAUUGGAGGAACCAUUUGCAAGGGCGGAAAUACCACAUUUCUGCUCUCUAUGUCGUGGAUUUGAAACGGUUUAGGAGAAUCGCAGCUGGGGAUCGACUCAGAGGCCAAUACCAGGCUCUGAGUCAGGAUCCGAACAGUUUAUCCAAUUUGGACCAAGACUUGCCGAAUAAUAUGAUACACCAAGUGGGGAUUAAAUCCUUGCCGCAGGAAUGGCUGUGGUGUGAAACGUGGUGUGAUGAUGAGUCGAAAGCUAGAGCCAAAACCAUUGACUUGUGCAAUAAUCCGAUGACUAAGGAGGCGAAGUUGACGGCUGCUAUGAGGAUUUUACCGGAAUGGAAAGGUUAUGAUGAGGAGAUCAGGCAAUUGCAGAAAAAAAUCGAUUCGGGGGUCUUAGAUCCCGAUCCUGAAAAUCAUAUACCAGGUUUUUUUUCAGAUACGACUGAUAAGCAUAUUGAGUUAUGAUUACGUUGUAAAUUAAUUUUAUUAGGUAUGCUAAGUAUGUACAGAAUUUUUUUUAAAUAAAUACUAAAAAGUAAA